UGGACCUCGUCGACGGCUUUGUUCCCUCCGUUUGGCAGCGGCAUUUGGUCUCCACCACAGUGGUCGUCUUCUUCGGGAGAAGGAGAGGGACUUGUCCACCGGACAGAGAUGCUUGUUCUUCGUGAGGAGAAUGAGCUUCUCCGGGCAGAGCGGGACAUCGCUCUUCAGAAGAUCCAACAGCUCACUGCUAUGCUUGCGAAUUGUGUUGUAACCCCGGCUCAAAUUGCCCCGACACGUUCCCAAUUCAACUCACUUGAUCUGCUGCUUCCGCCUUACCACCAGAACGAAGACCCUCGCCAGAGCGCCACCCUUCCUCCGCAUCUCUACCAAACCUCAAACCCCUUCCCUUCCACCGCGAUUCUGGACCCUCUGACGGCCGUCGAUCUCAUUCUCAAGGGCAAGGUUGACUACGUUCGGAUGAACAAGCGCAGUGACUUUGAAGUAGUCAACAGCCUAGUAUCGACCAUUUCCCAAGAGCAGUUUAAUCUGAACAUGCCGCCUAAAGGUCUCAAGGAAGCAACGAUAACGCUGGGAAAAUUCCUUGGACAGCCCAAGUCUCCCCUCUAUACGCAGUAUAUGGUCAAAAUUAUCACCGAGGCAGCAAAGUCUUUGUGUCUAACCUCAAACGGCAACUACCUUUGCCAGCAGCUUCUAGAAAAGUGCAAUAGCGAGGACAAGCUCAGCUUUAUUAAGCAGAUCGAAAAAGACAUGUUCGCAAUCGCCAACGACAUGUUUGGGGUCCAUGUUCUGGUCAAGGCCGUUGGGAUUAAGGAGCUCGAGGUUGCCUCCGUCCAGGUUUGUGCUGACAGCCAGGCUCACAUUGUGGCAGCGAUGGUUUCCUACGGAAUUUACGAAUCCCUGCAGACCGGCGCUCGUAAGGUGUGGCGCCCUUAUCUCAGCAAGUGCCGCGCUGCUGGUGAGACGGAGAUAUUUGAGAAAAUCAAAGGCGAUAUGACGGGGCACUGGGCAGAUCUCGCUGUGUCAAGCCAGCACGGCACGAUCUCUGUGCAGCAGAUGUUCGAGGGCUGCGCCACCCAAGAUAUCCUAGAAGAUCUCUGUCGUGUUGCUACCAACGAAUUUGGACACUAUCUCAUUAAAAGAUUCCUCGGCCUGGAGCCCAUGUUCCAUGCAGCAAUCUUCACGGGCCCGAUGUUCAAUGCUCUUUGCAACGCCAUCUUAACCUCCUAUCCUCCACUCGCCACCAACUACUACGGCGUUAGGUUCGUUGAGACCGUCAUCGACUCAAAUCGGAUCCUACAGCGGCCCAAUGCCAUCAAGUACCUCAACUCUCUCUGUUCUCAGAAGGACGGACGCAUCCCAGCCAUUGUGGAAGUCGCCAACUCCUCCGUUGGUCGCGGUCAUCUUCAGUUUGUUCUCCGCCACAUGCCUAGGCAUGGUGAUGGAGGCCUCAUGGGUCGCGUCCGCAGUACAUGUCGCCAGUUCCAAACAACUUUGCGCAACUCGCAGAGCGGAAAUGAGCUGCUGCGCAGACUCGGUCUCAUCAAUACUCCGUCUCGCCGCUUCUAAUCAGAUACAUACCCAUCAUCACCACUGACUCAUCCAAAUAUCUCAUACACGCUUCGCUCCACCGCCUGACAGGUUUUCCGAUAACCCACGUGUUGUCCUCUUGGUGUCUUGCUCGCGCGCUCGCCCGUGUCACCUUGUACGAGGUUGUAUUGUACAUAAUCGCAGUACAUCAUGUUAACGAAAGAUGGUUCAGUGAGGUUGACAUUUGGAGGAUGGGGAACCUGUCUCGCUCUUGCACGUGGAAG